UUUAGACGGGAGGGUGUCAAUGAAGGCCUCCAGAGCUGAAGAAUGAAAGGGAAGAGUGGACCACGAAAAGGAAAUAGUCUAUGCAUAGGUCCUACUGAGCUUUCUGCCUUUCAGGGACUGAAGGAUGAUGGGUAUGCCUGGAACGCAACUCAUCUUCUCAGUGGUGGCCUGCAUGUCCUAGGAUCUGCCAAGGAUAGAGGGCAUAGGUGAGCCUCAUGUGGACUCACUGUUGGAACCAGCUCUGUCCUCUGUCUCCCAGAAAUCUAAGCCUAGCCACGGUUCCUUGAGCCAGUAUAAUUCAGAGAACUGGUCAAUGCAAGUCACUCUGCCUGGGAGCUAUUGGGAUGGCUCCAGAAUGAGGUAAUGGGGGUCAAGGCAGGAUUCCAGCAAGAAGAGCUUUGCAGAAGAUGGGAUUCGUGUAGCCAUAGCUAUGGGCUUCACCUGGGAGGGCUGGAGUAGGGCCACUACCCACUGGUGGCAGUCUCCCCCUUCUCUGUAACCCUCCCCAACCCUUAAGCAGCCCAGGCCCAGCAAAGGAGGCCUGGCCAAAAAGCUGCUUGCUGCUAGAAAUCUGGCUCCAGCUGAAGGAAGAAGUUAAGAAGGCCGGGCUGAUGGCCGCGGAGACAGAGCUGUGUUUAUCCAGGAAAAGAGGUAGGACGUAGGCAGCUAAGGCCCUUGCCAGCUCCUCCCAGAAAGACUGGGCUUGGGGAGCAAGCUGGAGAGGAAGCUGCUCCCCUAGGGCUCUGAACGCGUCCGGGCCAGAGGCCAGAACCCCAGAGGCGGCCCACAGGUGAGCCCUGCACUCCGGGCGCAGGACAGAGCCGGGCGAGGGCUUAGAUUCCCCGGCAGACUGUGGGAACUUCGCGCUCGGGGUAGCUCAGUGCUGGCGCGCGGUGAGCGCGUGGCGGCGGAGCCUUCCGGAGGCCGCUCUGGGGCUAGCGGAGAAUCAAUGCUGCCUUUGUGCUCGGUGGUUUCCUAGGCAGAAAAGGAGCAGAGAGUGGGAGGGGCGACCCAAUAGCGGCCUGGCCCGGCCCGGCCCCGCAGACACCGGGUGCAGUAGGGCUGCGAGGAGCGGGCGGGACGGUCAGGACUAAAGGAGGGGUGGGAUUCUGUGCCCCCCACACACACCGAGAGGCGCGUCUCCUUGGACCGGCCCUGAGUGUCCUCAGGUCAGCAGCCAGGUGUGUCCUCUGGCUGCCAGGAACAGAAGUGAGUCCCCUUCUGUCCAGGAGCGACUUGAGAAUGCGAAGGAGGAGCCAGAGGAGGCAGCCCAGCUCCGCCCAGCACUCCCACCUGAGACGUGGGAUUUGGACCCUCUCGGCCCUGCGGAAUUCGGAGUUUAAUUUCUCUCACCCACCGCAUGUGGCUCUUGGAGAAAGUUGGCUACAGGGUGGGGACUGCGGAGUCCAGGGCCCGGUGGGCGCCCUCCAGCCUGUUCUCUAAGCGCAGCGCCCCGGGCCCAGCCAGGCGCGUCUGCCCCAACGUCCUCACCCCGGAUCGCAUCCCGCAGUUCUUCAUCCCGCCUCGGCUCCGGGACCCGGGCGGCGCCGAGCCCGCAGCCCGGCGUGACGCGGCCGGGCGCGGCCUCCACUCGGCCUGCUCGCUGCCGCACCUGGCAGGCCGCGAAGGCUGGGCCUUCCUGCCCGAGAGCCCGCACACGCGCCGGCGCGAGUCCCUGUUCCACUCGCCGCCGCCCGCCCCGGCUGAGGGGCUGUCCCCGGCGCAGUCCUGGCUGCACGUGUCCGCCCCGGACCUGCGCCUCUGCCGGGCCCCCGACAGCGACACUGCCUCGUCGCCGGACUCGUCGCCCUUCGGCUCCCCGCGGCCCGGCCUGGGCCGGCGCCGGCUGCCCACGCCGCACUCGCUGUCCCCGAAGGAGGCGAGCUCCGCGGACACCAGCCCGGCCGCGCGGCGCAGCGCGGGGCCGCCCACGCCGCCGCUCUUCCACCUCGACUUCCUGUGCUGCCAGCUGCGGCCGACCAAGGACAGCGUGCUGCGCCUCGGGCCCCGCGGCGGGCAGCUGCGGCUCUCCACCGAGUACCUGGCCGGGCCCGGGCGGCUGCGGCUGCGCCUGGUGAGCGCCGAGGGCCUGCCCCGGCCGCGGGCCUGCCCUGGGAGCGGCGGCGGCGGCUGCUGCGUGGUGCUCAGGCUGCGGCCCCGCGUGCGGCCGCGGGCCCAGCGGAGCCGCGUGGUCAAGUGCAGCGCCAACCCCAUCUUCAACGAGGACUUCUUCUUCGAGGGGCUCGGCCUGCCAGACCUGGCCGUCCGCAGUCUGAGGGCCAAGGUGCUGGACAGGGGCGCGGGACUCCGCAGGGACGCGCUGCUGGGCGAGUGCGAGACGCCCCUUAUUGCGCUGCUGCCCCCGUUGGGCGGGCCGCUAGGCCCAGGGUCCUCCCUGGCGCCCACCCAUCUCAGCCUGUAGACUGAGACUGUGGCUUCCUCAGGAGGUCUCCACUGGGUCUGCAGACCUCAUACUUUCCAUCUGCUCGGCGUGUAUUUAUUUUUGCUAAUAAAAUGUCCAUUUGUUCCUAGCUGGCUCUCUCCCCUUGUUGGCACCCUACACUCUUCAGGUGUGCAGCCCACCCUCUUCCCUCUGUCCAGGGCAUACGUGGGCUGGAAGACGUUUGUUCAGGUUGAGUUAGAGCAGACCUCAAGCAGUGGUCCUCAAACUCGAAGGAGAAUCAGAAUAACCAGACAUCAGAAAUCUU